AUGUAUACCCGUGUUACAGGACCGAAUUUUACGCACUGUUUAAAAAAAGAGGUCAUAACCGUCGGUAGGAGAAGCCAAUUGCCUACCGAUAUAUGUCUUGGUGAUUCUGUAUGUAUUUCUCGGAAGCAUCUCGAGCUUCACACGAUAAAUGGAGCGCUUUUUCUUCGGAUUCUAGGAAAGAAUGGUAUUUUCAUUGAUGAAGAGUUUCAAAUGUUCAGUGAGGAUCUCAUUCCAUUACCCAACUGUUGCCGUCUUAGGUUUCCAAGCACGCCGAUUACACUUGUAGUCGAAAUUCUGGAUUCGAGUUCAAGUUUGAGACACCCAAAGAAGCGCACUAUAUGGAGGUAUUCUGCUGAGCUCGCUGGUCUAACUGGAUAUGGCUCGGAUAUCCCAGAUUUUCCGGAUGAAAAACGACAGAAAUUGACACCGUCUCUUAAGGAAGAUGAGGAUGCAACCCAUCUAGAUAGGAAACAGAACCCUCAGACCUUCAACGCCUUAAUCACCGACUCCGCCACCAAUGCAAUACCCUCUUCCCGGUGCAAAUCAGACUCCACUGAACCCUUUUCGACACCGGAGCCCUGUUCCCCACCUGAACUCCUGCUUCCGAACUCGAAUCAAACCAAGUCCCGACGCCAAGAUGCCGCUGCUACCGCUGUCACCGUGGUCGCCAGCGCCACCACCACCACCGCCACCACUACGACAGCUGAACAGCCAACCUCUCUUCGUUUCCCUAAUCUUCUUGCGGCCUACUCUCGAAGUCCUCUGAAGGUUUCCACUACCUGCAGUCAGACAUCCAACGGAACAGACAGCUCAAACACCCAUCCGGCACCUUCCGAUCGGUCAGCAUUCCCUGAUCGAUGCUUAUCCCAUUCACCUGGGGACGGUGGAUCGCCCUUCCUCUCGACAACGGCGCACGAAGAAGUGGCUUCCAAUUUGGAGGCUUCCACUGAGAUGGUGGAACAUGGCACAGUGUACGAGAAGCCACCCUACUCCUACGCACAACUUAUUGUCCAAGCCAUCGUUUCAGCGCCCAAUCGACGACUGACCCUAUCAGACAUCUACAAUUACAUUUCCACUCAGUUUCCCUACUACAAACCCAGUCAGAAGGGUUGGCAGAACUCGAUUCGUCACAAUCUCUCAUUGAAUCGCUACUUCAUCCGCAUCCCUCGAGGGCAAGAGGAGCCAGGCAAGGGAGCAUUUUGGCGACUGGAUCCGGAGUCUGAGGCGCACCUUGUGGUGAAGGCCUUUCAGAAACGCCGACAGCGUUCCUACGCCGUUCCAGCCUAUGUGGCUAGCAACGCCUCGCCGCAAUGUAAUCCCGGAUCUACUGGCGCUGCCGCUGCUGCCGGAACCACCACUACCGCCACCACCACCACUGCCACCUCCACCAUUUCCAACAUAUCGUCAACUGUUGUGGAGACUCCUUCAGCCCUCCACGCGGAUAGAAACACCUCCUACUCCUCUUCCCUUGGGUACAACCCGCAUCUCUUCAACCUCUCAACAUCUGCGACUUCAAACUCUAAUGUCGAGCCAACGAGUGGAACAAAUUUCCUUCCAAAGGAGUAA